CCCCCCAAACUCCAAAGUCCCCGAGGCCUCGACCCCCGAAAAACUCUAAAGCCGGCGGCGCGUCGCGUGCCACUGUGCAGCCGCUGCUCCUCUUCCCCUCCCCUCUCCUCUUCGCGCGCUCUCCGAUUCGCCGCGAAGGAAGAGGAUGGAGGAGCUCGCGGCGGCGGCGGCGCCCCCGCGGCACAGGGAGCGGCGGAGGCACCGGAGGAAGGCGUCGUCGACGGACGCGGCGGCGGCGUACGGCGACGUGUUCGGCGGGCCGCCGCAGUUCGCCGUGGCGUUCGACGGGGUGCCGGCGGACUACGGGGAGGUGUUCGGCGGCGUCGCGGCCUCCUGCUCCAUCCCUUACCUCGACCUGCCCCCGGCCGCCGCCCGCGACGACGGCGCCGGGGCAGGGGCGUACGGCGAGAUCUUCGGCCGGUUCGACUUCGGGGACUUCGCGGAGCCGUACGAGGACCUGCUGGCGGAGGCGGUGGCGUUGGCGGCGGAGAUCGCGUCGUCGAGCGAGAGCUCGAGGUCAUCAGUCAGAAAAGAAUCUGGCCAACUAGAUGCUGAUCCAUCUAUACUCCAUCAACACUAUUCAACUGUAGGUUAUGACCAACACUUUGAUGAAGACGAAUUUUCUCCAAUCUCCUCUCCUCCGGAUAGUGGGAAACAGUUUAGUAUGUCAUAUAACAAGGCUACCAGGGGAAGACCAGAUGAUAUAGUUAAAAUGACUACUUGUAUGGUGGAGCCUCCGAUAAGUUAUGUAGUUGACUCUCGCAAUAUUUCAAACAAGUCAGCAAUGGAUCAAGUUGUAGUAGUGGACUGUGAUACAUUUGCAAAUGGUGAAAAAGGAAGCAUGGGCCUGACUUUUCCAUCAAGUUCAAGCCUGAAGAGUGCUAGUAGUGAUUCUGUGGCUGAUCAGAACCUGCACACACCAAUAUGUCAUCCAAUUUCUAAGAAUGAUUGUGAAGAUGAAGAUUACCACAAGAGGUUAAGCACCCAUUCAGCAUCAAGUGAGGAAGUACCUUCCCCUGACUACCCAUUCUUAAGGGUCUCAAAUAACAGCCUUCACACACAACCCAUCAAAGUACAGCCGCCUUUAUUGGCACCAUCUAAAUUGCUUAAUAAAAAGGAAAGUAAAGCAAAUGGUGAAAAAGGAAGCACGGGCCUGACUUUCCCAUCAAGUUCAAGUGUGAAGAGUGCUAGUAGUGAUCCUAUGGCUGAUCAGAACCUGCACACACCAACAUGUCAUCCCAUUUCUAAGACUGAUUGUGAAGAUGAAGAUUACCACAAGAGGUUAAGCACCCAUUCAGCAUCAAGUGAGGACGUACCUUCCCCUGACUACCCAUUCUUAAGGGUCCCAAAUAACAGCCUUCACACACAACCCAUCAAAGUACAGCCACCAUCCAAAUUGCUUAAUAAAAAGGAAAGUAAAGCAAAUGGAGAUUCUGAAGUCAGUACUAACUCAGCUGCUGCUGCUGCUGCUAUCAAAGAAGCAAUGGAGUUUGCUGAAGCUCGGUUAAAAGCUGCCAAAGAAUUGAUGGAGAGAAAAGGUGACAGUUUUAAACUUCGAAAGAAGCCAGGUCAUCAUAGAGGCACAAAAUCGACAGAACUUAAGGAAAGUAUGGCACCUGAAGAGGUGCGUGUUUAUGAUGAAAAGCUGACCAUGAGAAGGAUAGUGAAAGAGGAAAAGACCUAUGAGGAGACAGCUUUGGUGAAUAAGAAUGGAGACAGCAGUGCAGUUAACUUAACUCACUGUGAUCACAAUGAAAAAGGGGUUCUACAACCAAGGAAGCCUCAGCAUACAGCGCAAAGUGGCUCUAAACUAGAACAACUAGGAAAGUGGACAUCAGGUGCUGAAUUUUAUGUACUGAUUAGCCCUGACCAGAAAUGCAAAACUAACUCAGUUACAUGUGAAGGAGAUAAUGUUCAGACAACAAAUCCCUCCAGCAAGCUCGGCCAGUUUGAGAAAGGAAAAGGAGAAACCACUUCAGGGGAUUUUGUAGGGUGUGGAAAAUCAUGGGAUGGUGGUGACAUAGCAGAGUUGAGAAUGGAACAUGUAAAUUUGAGAGAAUAUGCUAUAGGUUCUACGGAGGAUGGAUGCAAGGCUCCUACUGCUCCAGAAAUUUCUUUUAGCAAUGAAAAACCCACAUACCAAGAGUCAACUGAGACCCAUUUCAAAGAAUGUGUGGGGGCACAAAAUUAUCAAGAACGAUAUGGUGAUGAUGGGGCAUUUGAGAUUUCAUGUGUGGAUAGUUCAAAGCUACAUGCUCCAGAAAUACCCGGUGCAUCUUUGGAGUCUUGUAUAUCUGGAGGUCACUGCAAUGGUAAUAAAAGUCCUUCUGAUGCUAGUACUAAGGAAACAACAUCAUUAGGAGAAUCUAACAAAGAAAACAACAAUAUAGAGGCACUUGAGGUUCCAUGUGCUGAUGAGAUGCAGAGCCAAAUAUUACAGGAAUAUCAUGAAUUUCGUAAUGAAAAUAUUGAUGAAAAGAAGGCAAGUCAAGUGAAAGUAUCAAAAUUAGAAGAGUCGGUGGAAUAUUAUGAAACCCCAAAUUUCCAGAAAAGUUCGAGUACAGCUCAUGGAGAGACCGAAACUGUUGAGAAAGAAAAGAUGUUUAGUUUUUCUGAUGAAUUACGCCCGCAGAAUAAGAACAUAGGAAUAACUGAAGCACCUCCAGAAUCACUCAUCCACAAAGAAAUUAAGAAAUUUGGAACUGAGGAGAAAGCUUAUAUUACUUUGGAAGGAGAUGUGGUUCAAAAAUCUGGAUCUCUGGAAAGGGAAGCUAACAUUACUUUGGAAAGUGCUAGUGCUAAUGAAAAUGAAGAAGCAGAAGAAGCGAAUGCAUUUGUGGAGGGCAUUAAUGUGAUGGAAACCCAUGUUAGUACAUAUGGUACUUCUGUUGAAGAUUCAGAUCAGAUACAAGACUCUGAAAACAGAAUGGACGGAAUGGGGGAUCUUGUAUCUCAUGGUAAUGAAGAAGCAGCAAAAGAUCCCUGGUUAGAUAAUAGCGAGAAGUCACAGGUGGAAGAAAUUUUCAGCCAUGAAGAGGGCCAGCUAUCUGUCGAAGGUGGUAUCGAUGGAGGACCAAAUGAUGCAUAUGCAGGAGUUAAUGCAAUAAAUGAUGGAAAUGGUAAUGAUUCUGAAACUAAAGUUAUUAUUGAUGAUGGCACUGAUUUUAACACGAAGAUGAGCACAUGCUCAAAAGAACUGAGUGCUUCAUUUUUAGAGUCAUCUGCUAGCAUGCAGCACUUGUCUCAGAUUGACAAGUCUAUUGCUGCUCAGACAUCUGAUAAGAGCACCCCUCUUGAAAACCUUGGAGAGGAUUGCAGAGAAAGAGAAUUUCCAGAAGAAAAUAGUACAGCACUGGAACAAGGGCAAGCUAUUGGAAGUAAAAUGGAAGGAGAUGACAAAGAUAAACAGUCAAAAUUAAAUGUAAAGGAUCAGAAAUAUUUUCAUUUGGACAGCUACAUUGUACCUAAAUUUACAGAGAACACUACAUUGAAUUUUGUCCAGAAAUUGAUAGAUGAGACCCCUGAUGGUCAGAGAAUUGAAGGGAGGGAAAAUGUGAAAAAGACACUGAGAGAAACUGAGAAGGAGGUCUUGCAUAGACUAGAUGAAGACAAAGAAAUAUACAAAAUGGAAAGAGAAAAGGAACAAGCUAAAGAGAGGUCAAGAAGAGAAUUAGAAGAAGAGAAGGAACGGGAGAGAGAGCGAGCAAAAGAUAGACUUGCUGUUCAGAGAGCUACGAAAGAAGCACAUGAGAGAGCAUUUGCUGAGGCCCGUGCAAAGGCUGAAAGAAUAGCAUUGGAAAGGAUUACCUUAGCACGUCAACGAGCAUCUGCAGAAGCUCGAGAGAAAGAGGAGAAGGCAACUGCUGAAGCAGCUACUGAGAAGGCUUCUAGAGAAGCUAGACUAAAGGCAGAACGUGCAGCAGUUGAGAGAGCAACUGCUGAAGCUCGGGAGAGAGCAAUUGAAAAGGCAAAAGCUGCUGCAGAUGCAAAGGAGCGAAUGGAAAGAUUUAGAUCCUCCUUCAAGGACAGUUUCAAGUCUACUAAUCAGGAUAAUCAACUGGACAAACAGUUUCAGAAGACAGCUUCUAAUAACUAUGAAAGAAGCACGGAUUCUAGUAAUCAAGUAGUUGAGUUUGAGUCAGCUCUGAGACAUAAAGCAAGAUCUGAGAGGGAACAUCGCACAGCUGAGCGAGCGGCCAAAGCUCUAGCUGAAAAGAAUAUGCGGGACAUGCUGGCUCAGAGAGAGCAAGCAGAGAGACAUAGAUUAGCUGAAUACCUUGACCCCGAAGUCAAGAGAUGGUCAAAUGGAAAGGAAGGAAAUCUGCGAGCAUUGCUAUCUACAUUGCAAUAUAUCCUUGGUUCAGAUAAUGGUUGGCAAUCGGUUCCCCUCACAGAUCUCAUUACAGCAACUGCUGUCAAGAAAGCAUAUAGAAGGGCAACCCUUUGUGUCCAUCCCGAUAAACUACAACAAAGGGGUGCUACAAUCAGACAGAAAUAUAUUUGUGAGAAGGUGUUUGAUCUUCUUAAGGAGGCAUGGAACAAAUUCAAUUCCGAAGAGCGAUAGCUCGGGAUGUAGGGGACAAUAAAUUGGAUUUUUGAUUUUCUAGUUUUACCAAAAUUAUAUUUUAUUAAACAAAUUUCAAAGCCUAAUGAUAAAAAAUGAUCGAUAACAAAACUGUGAAUAGCGUUGUGGAGAGCGGUUUUGAUAUGUGAUCUGAACAAAAUUACAUGUUGUUAGGCUCUAAAAUUUGUUUUAAUAAAAUCUAAUUUUGGCAGAACGAGAGAUCCAAACUAUAUAGCCUUGAUGUUGAUUUUUGGUACCUAUGUAAAUAUAUGCAGUCGUAGAAAGCAUUUUCUGGCCAUUCUUGACUGAAAAAGAAUAUCAAUUCAAUAGUAAAGCAUCAGUGAUUCUUUUGAA